GGCGUCCCUGAAGCAGUACUUGAAAAAGAGCUACGCGGGGGAGCCCAAGUUGCUGCAUUUGGGGGCUUCCUCCUGGGUCUGCGGCAGAAGGCUCGGCGGACAGAUGUUCCGUGAUGCCGGAAGUGGUAGCAGAAAAGACUUAUUUUGUUGAUAAGAUGAUCAUGAUAGUAUGCAAACGAUAGUGAUAGCAAAACCAAAAUGUAAGCAGGUUUUUUUUGUGAUGUCGGGCUGCCUGUACAAAGAAAAAGAAAACGGUAAAGGAAAAUGCUCAUUCGUGACUCCUACCGAUGACAACAUCGACAUCUACUCCAGGUCGAAUAAUACCCCCGAGGGAAGCCACGAGAAAUAGCAGCGUCAGCGGGCCCGACACGGAUAUGCCUGCCAUGAUCGCGUACUGAGAUAAGAUAACAUUUUCCAUGCAUCUUCCGCUGCGUUUUGUGUGCAGUGUUUCUGAUUAAGUCAUUUGUUGGGUAGUUGACUUUCUUAGGCAGACACACACCAACUUCGAAAAACAGGUAUCGCGACUACCUGAAGCAGUGUGCGGGCAUGCGUUUCGUGUUUGAUGAUUGGUACGAUGUGGAUGCGUCUCAGACCAUCGACCAUGCCGGAGAAGAGAUCGAGGAAGUGUUGGGAUUGUAGGACCGAAAUCGUUCUUUCGCACUUAUACGUUAACACACACUGAAAUAACAUCAAGCGAGAUCAAAGUCUUGAAAUUUGUCUUCACACACACAAUUCAUCCGAAAAGUUAGUUUAACACACUCACCAGAUCUAGACCUGCAAGCAACUAUCUUCAGAGACGCGCAUACCGGCCCUCCUCUUCCAGGCUUGUACAAUACUGUAGUUUAUUAUUUUAGCAAUUUCUGCUCCUGCUCCUGGAACUGGAUGUAGUUGAAUCAGUGGCGCUCCUGUUGCUUGUAAGACUAGGUGAACGUCAACGGAUUGCUGUCGAUUCGCAUUCCGAGAGAGACUUCUUGGCGGUCCUCCUUCGCCGUGAAAUUGUGGAGGUUGUAUCUAAUCUGGCUUGAAAACUUUGCUGCCUGCAAGUGCCAAUGUACGAUGGUUAAUUGUACCCUCUGUCAAGCGCAGAAAUCUUCACACUCGACGGCGAAGAAAGUUUCGGAAGUUCUCUGGCGCUUAUACUCGACGUUGGUCCUAUUUUUGUGAGCAUCUGGGGGGUGGGUGACGG